GAGACUUGGCAAGUUGGCGGUGACGUCAUGUGGAAGGUUGGAACACUUCCGUGACAAGUGGACGCCAAUUAGUGUUUAAGCGGCUGUUAGUGAGCAGGAACUUUUGGAGGCGGCUUACACCUCAUUUCACAUCACAUUGGUCGAUCCCGGACAGCAGAUGGAGUGGCGCCAAGCUAGCAGCUUCAGUUGUGCUGAUGCCUUCAAUGAAGCCCAACGCUGGAUGGAGGAGGUGACCGGGAAAACCUUUGGCAGCAGCGAUUUCCGUGCGGCGCUGGAGAACGGAGUCCUGCUUUGCGACCUGAUCAACCAGUUAAAACCUGGCAUCAUUAAGAAGCUCAAUCGACUGUCUACUCCCAUUGCUGGCCUGGAUAACAUCAACGCGUUUCUUAAAGCUUGUGAGAAGUUGGGACUGAACGAGUCGCAGCUUUUCCACCCGGGAGACCUGCAGGACCUGUCAACAAGAGCCACACUUAGGAGAAAUGACAGCACCCGAAGACUCAAAAAUGUUCUGAUCACAGUCUACUGGUUGGGUCGUAAGUCCCACCUAGAUGAGUCCUACAGAGGUCCUCAGCUCAACUUCAAGGCCUUUGAAGGACUGUUGGGUUUGGCUCUGUCCAAGGCUCUAGAUGAGGGCGCUAAUGUCUUUGUGAAAGAUGGCUUCUACAGAGAGUGCUGUCAUCCAGGCAGGAGGCCAACCUAUAAUCAGGAGAAUUCAGUGGACAGCGUCGACUCUGCAGAAUCCCCAGGACUCCGUGCAAACAGUGAAGGCUGCGGGAGCGAUGCAGAGGCUGAGCAGGUGUUUAGGAUGGAGACCACACAGCAGUUGACCAAAGGCCAUAUCCAACCUCCAGUCCUGCGGAGGAAACGAAGAGAGGAAAGUGGGAAAGUCUGCUCGACUUCAUUUUUCAGGAGCAAGUCAUUGAGUGACAUCCCGAGGGUGUGUCCGACACGUAAAGUUUCAGAAGGCAACAACGUUGUGGACGAGUGUCAGGACUUUGGCACAGCCGAAUGGACUCGAGACAAGGAAUCGAAGAGCCGCCUUGCUGCCAGAGAGAGUGAGGCUCACUGGCAAGAUGACUUGACAAAGUGGAAGAACCGUCGCAGGAGCACAAAGUCCGAUCUCCGCAGGAAGUCGCUUGACCGAGAGCACGUCAUAAACAAGAUGACCAAUGGGGCUGUGAAAGACCACGGCGAGAAGGGAAACCACGGGCAGCUGCAAAGGGACCAGCUGUCAGCACCCAGGCACAGCCCUGCCCCGCGCUCUCACUCUGGUUCUCCUCCAUCAAAGUGCUCAAGCUCUUUUUUUACGCCGCGUACUCGCGCUCCGCUGGCUCGCAGCUACGCCACCGAGGUGCCUCUUAGCACCAACUCUUCUCAUAGCCACCGGAACUUUUCCCCCUCACAGGCAUCCUCUGUUGGCACCAUGCCCGACUCUGAUGGAAACAUCUUGGGGGAAGACACCCAUUUCUCAUCAGAGCCAUUAAAUGGAAGAACAGUACCCACUCCCACUCAAGACCAGCCUUUUAGCUCCCAAGCCAACAAAACCCCCGCUUUCUUCCAACAUUCGACAGAGAUGACGGUUUCAGCCCCAAUGUCGUCUUUAAUCACAACGCCCCCACACCAGAUGGACUCGGACUCUUUAGGAGACCUCUUUGACCAGAAGCGUAACCGGUCCGAAAAAGAGAGUCAUGACAUCCAUUCGGGAACCCCAGAAGAUGAAAGUACAUGCCAUCCAGCUGUGGGGAGCAGGAACUAUUUGUCAAGAGCUGCUUCUUGGUCGUGCUCAGCCAGUCUUCCACGCGGUUUCAGGCGAUCUGAGGGAUCGCGUCGCCUCUCGUCCGUCAUCACUCCCAGACCCUUUGGGAUCAACCAGUCCAGGAUGUCCAUGUUGCCAAGACUAUCUGAUGAAAUCAGUCCAGUGGACAGUCAGAGUCCAGUCUUGACUGGUGAAAGCGAGGCAUGUGUUCCACUCGCCGCCAGCUCUUUGCUCAAAAGACAGACCGCCACUGCUUGUCUAAGAACUUGGCAGCAGAAUCUGAUGCAGGCAGCCAACCAUGUCGAGAAGACCACUUUAGCCGAGGAGGAGUGGGAUAGUCUCCCUGACCAGACCUUGCGGACUAAUGGUGUUCAGCAUCAGUCCCAGAUAUAUUUGAACAUGCAGCCCCAACACAGCCAGGCCGCAGCUCUUCCUUGCCAUGCCAGAAUCAACAUGCUAAAGGUGGACUGUGGUCACUUGAGAGUGAGUCUCGCUCUCAACUCCGACAGUCGACAAGACUUGGGUUUCCAGCCUCGUUGGGAUGCUACUGGAACAAGAAUAAAAUACAUUCAGCCAGGCGGCCCGGCCGAGCUCUGCCAGCUGCGUGUCGGCGAUGAGAUCCUGGCUGUUGAUGGAGUUGCAGCAGCACACGUGGGCUCCAGUCUGUGGGAGGAAAAGAUGGCAUCUGCCUUGCAGACGGGCGCUCUCACCAUGGAUGUUUGUCGCUGUGUAAAUAAGGGAGGUCCGGAAUCUGCAAUCUCUGAUCUCCAGGUGCCGGCCAUCAUCCCCUCCUCAUCCGGCAGGUCGUGGGACCAUGACGACCACCGCAGGCGACAAGAGAAGUGGCAGGAAGAGCAAGAGCGCCUCCUGCAGGAGCAGUAUGAGCGAGAUCAGCGCAGGCUGGAUGCUGAGUGGCAGCAGGCUCGACGUGCCGCGUUGGAAGGGAAGAAUAACUUUGAGAUGAUCAAAGAUGCCGAGACCCCCAUCAGGAGGAUCCACGUGAAGACUUUGACCAACAAAGAAGAGCCGAGUCCUGGCGAGCUGGAGCUAAAUGUUCACAGUAGCACGCACAAAAAUCCGAAAGAAAAGAUAGAUGGAGACUGGGCGGACGGCUCCUCGGACUUUGCUCACCUUUCCCCCGCACUCAGGACAAAGUCCUUGUCUACUCCAACAUUAGCUGGUGCACAACAACAGCAAAGAGGUGAUCCAGGAAAAAGGAAAGGAGAACCUGCUUCUAAAGCCGCACACGAGCGGCAGCAGAUCUUGGAGGAGAUGAAGAAGAGGACUCAGCUUCUGACCGACAACAGUUGGAUACGUCAGCGCAGCAGCAGUUUUUACAAGGAGCCCAUUUACAUCGGGACGCCUCUCAAAAGGCAUGAGUCUGUGGACGUCCUUGAGACAUCACACUCCUCCUCAAUGGCGACUCCCGCUCGGCCACACUCUGCUGCUGCCAGUUACUGCGGUCCGAUGAAGAACUCCCACGGCAGUACGGGAUCCGUGUCGUCCCACACACACACACCCACGCAGCUGCGUCCUGGCAGGAGAACCUGCUGCGUGUGUGACGGCGUCCUGACUUGCGGCGCCGCCAUGGUCAUCGAGGCACUUAGUCUCUGCUUCCAUUUUGCUUGUUUCCAGUGUGUGGGCUGCCAACAGUACCUUGGAAAAAUCCAGAAUAGAGUCCAGGUCCGUGUUCGAAACAAGAAGCUGUUCUGUGAGACCUGCUAUUUCAAGCUUAAGUGCAGCAGUCCCACAUCAGUGUGAGCAGGACAAGAUCAGUCAGGUCAUGAAGGGAUCCUGAGAACUGGAGCAACACACUUUGUGCAAAGUACUGACAUUUAUUUUUAUCUAUUUGGAUUUAAUACACACAAUAAAGAAUUAUGUCCUUUUAUUGAA